AUGAAAGAAGUUAGUGGUUCUCACAGAAAUAGAGUGAAAUUUUGGAAAGUUAAUGUCGAUGAGAAAAGGAUUGAAGAUGAUAAUAUUUCUACCGAAGAUGAUAUCAUGCAAAAACUUAGCGGGAAAGUAAUGAAAGAUCAAGCCUUGUUUAGUUCGUGUUUUAAAGAUGAAUUAGCCAAUCAUAAUAAUAUUACAGUGGAAAACAUGCACAUCAUCACCGUCAUCUCCACCUCCACUGAAGAACCCCUUAUGAUAAAAAGAAUUAUCGAAACUGGUUGGACGAUAGGAAAUAAAGACAAACCUGUUAUAACCAUGUAUAAAUACAUCGAAAGAACACAUAUACAAGAGUUCAUUCAAAAUAGAAUAGAAAUUAAUUUAUGUGCCUUUGAGAGAGGAAGUUCUCGUCAAAAUGAUUAUCAAGGAAUCAGUAUCUCUAGUGGUUCUGGCACUGGAAAAAUGCGACAUGGAUUUGAGACGAUUAAUAUAAUCAAAGACCUUAAACAAAUUAAGGAUAGUAAUUUUGAAGUUAUUCAUAUAUUUGUUCAGAUUUUUCUGGAAUCUUCCCUCGUUCAUUUUGAUAAAUGUCUUUUACGUGACCAAUCUACAGGACGUUAUCCACAUGAUCUAUCACACGUAAAUAAUGUAAGUAUCUAUCUAGCAUUAGCUAUUGCGUCAUAUUAUUUUACAAAGAACUACCAGCAAGAAUCCCUACAAUAUUUUAAAGAAUUAGCAAAAAGUUCUGCUUUCGAUUUAAUUACACGUGAUGAAUAUCUAAUUGCAAAUAUUUUACGCUACACCUCUCAACUUGUGGCAAACAAACAAGUCUGUGAUCUGGGAAUUUUGAUCGUACCUAUUUGCACAGGAACUGCUCCAGUAAAGCUCCAGGAGUUUGAUAAUCCAGGUCAUCUUAGCGUGACUGAUUACAAUGUUUAUAAUAUACAUAUGUCACUUAUGGAUAUAGAAAGAUCUCUUAACUUUAUGGAUUCUGUAAUAGAUCAUAAAAUGCGAAAUUCUAAUGAAAUUACCAGUCCAAUUUCGCGUGAAAAUCUAUUGUAUCUUAUCUUGAUUGGUGCUAUCAAAGGAAUUGCAAUUAUUAUGGAAGAGUGUGCUUUAGAGCUUUUGAAGAUGAAGAGUCCUCUUGAUUCAGCAGAACAAGCACGAGAAAUUUGGAAAAUUCUUGUUGAAUGGGCAAAGAAAAGAUAUUCACUUACUAAUUGGCUAGAUUCUGUUGGAGGGAGAAAAGAUCCACAAGACAAAGAAGAUGAAAAACGUAAAAGAGCCAUAUUGAAGUUUAUGUUUUGGAUACAUACUCAAAAGUCAAUCACAAAGGACACUGCUCUGGAUGAAAGUACUGUAAGGGAUCAUGAAGCCGAGGGUCUUAUUUUUUUAGAAGAGAUUGAUAACACGCAAUAUAAAGCUAAAGUUCCUCUUGUAUUAAUUGCAUCUCUUGUUUCACAUUUAGGGUUAGGUUUCUUUGAUGAUAUCAUCUUGGAUCCAUUUAACCAACUAGAUGAAGAAUCUUUCCCAAAAUUCAUUUUACAUAUGCAUCUGAUUACAUACAGAUUGGCGGAUAUGAUUAGAGUUCGUCAAAUGACUAUUAAAGAAAUUUACUUUGGGUGUCUCCAGGCAUCAGGUGAAGUAUUAUCUAUGAUAAUUGCCAUUCAACAUAAUGUAGAUUAUAGAUCAGCACCCAUCUUAAAAAAGAAAGAUCAUAAUGAUGCCAAGAAUCCGUACUCUUGGAAUCAAUUAAAUGAUCGUAAAAAAGUAUCUAUUAUUGCAGAUGCUAAAAAUGACAAGGUAGAAAUUAUAGAUGUCACAAUAGGCCGUUUCAUCGUAUUGGUUUGUAGGCAUAGUGGGUCGUCUGACUCACUAACACCACAUGCAGAAGAGCAGUAUAAAUUCAGUUCUGCUAUUGAAUCAGAUUUUCCUGUCCAUGAAACGCUUACAGGAGAGUUCACAUUGGAAGAUUUUAAAAAAGAAUUAGAAAAGGCUACUCCUGCUUUGGAAAGCUACUGGCAAUAUUCAAGAAAGAGGCUGAAGAAAGCAGAAGACUCAGAAGAGAUACCUAAUCUUGAACCAUCGGCAAAAGAAUGUAAGUUCAAUAUUCAGUAUGUGACUCAUCCAACAUUUAAGAAAUAA